AUGAAUGUUCUACAUUAUUCAUUAAGUUUAAGUGCUUGUCCAAAAUGUCAUUUAUUUAUUUGCAAACAUACAAGUCUAGCCGAUUUUGAUUUGAAUUUCGCUGAACAACAACAAUCAAUUACUGAAUGCAACAAUACUCAAGUUUCUUUAGAAAAUAAACUUGAAAAAUCUCAUCAACAAUGUUUAUUACAUGGUACAAAUUUUUAUAUAAUUCCAUCAGCAAAAAAUGAUAGUAAUCGUCAUAGUUGGACAACAUUUGGUACAGAUUCUAUUGAAAGUACCAAUACCUUUCAUAAUUUAUCAUCCAAUAAUGAAACAAUACGUGAAAAUAUUUCAUUUGCAAAUGAAAAUAUAAUUAAUUCAUUAUUACCAUCGACAAUAAAUCAAAAUGCUUCGACACAAUCGGAAAAAUUUGAGAAAAAAUUUCAAAAAUCAAUUUAUUUAACUAAAAGUUUUUCAUUUUCAACUUUGUGUAAUAAAUCAUCAUCAUUAGUUUCUUCUAUAAAACAUAAUAAUCAUUUAUUAACGAAAUCAUAUUCAUAUUCAAAUAGAUCUCUUCUAAUUAUUCUUAUUCUUAUUUUAUCAUUUCUUAUUACAAAUACGAUUGAUAUUGUUCUUUUUUAUGUGUAUUUUCAUACUAAUUAUAUACAUUUAAUUAGUUUCAUUAGUAUAUUCAUUUUAUGUGAUAUGAUCUUAUGGAUAAAUAAUUUAAUUCGAUUAAAUACUAUACCAUCUUGUUUAUUAUUGAUACCAUUUAGUAUACGUCCUUAUUUAUUGUAUGAACUUGUUGAAUUGUUGACAAUCAUAUUUGAUAAAAAUUUUAAUAGACAAAUAUUAAAUUCAUCAUUAUCAUCGUCAUCAUCCUCAACAACAACAGCAUUUGAAACAAAUGCAUCUCGUAAAACAGAUUUAUCUAUGAUACAUUAUUUAUCAUUCUAUAAAAUAAAAAAACAAAGAUUAUUUCAUUAUUUAACAUUAUUCUAUGUGGUUCAUACAGGACUUUUAACUUUUAUUAAUGUUUAUUUUUGGUCAAAUAAUUUUCAACAACCAACAACAUCUCUAUUAAAUAUAAAUUAUUUUAUUCCUCAAUGGAUAUCACAUAAUGAUUAUUUAUUAUCAACGUCAACGAUCAAUACGGUUCCUAGAUAUCCUUCAAUUGCAUCAAAAUUUCAACAUCAACAAAAUACAAUGUUUCUACAAAUAAUAUUUUCUUUAAUAACACAUUAUUCGAUUGAUGAUAUAUCAAUUAAUGCAUUGAUAUCAUUGGAAAAUCUAUGCAUAUUUCUAUAUCGUCUUUAUCUUGAAACAUUUUCUUUUAGUCAUAAUGAAACAACAUUAAGUUUAAUUAUUUUCAUUUCAAUACUUAUGUCAUUACAAAUUAUUGGUUUUAUAUUUGAUAUUCUAUCAAAAAGUAUUUUUUAUCAAACGAAAGCAAUAACAAUAUAA